CAGCGGUGGCGGAGACGGCUGCAGCGACGGCAGCAGAAGCAGCAGAAACAGCACCAGCAGCAACAACAGUAACAGCAGUAACAGCACCAUACGAAUAAGGACAUAUGCGAUGAUGCCAUAGAUAUCAUUGGCUGUUGGAAGGUGCAAAAUUGAUCAUACUUUUUGAGGAAAAGGAAUUAAGAAGAUGAUGUCAUAUGGCAUCAUUGGGCAUACGAUGUAUCCGGACGGACUAUUGACGCUCCACUACGGCAAGCAUCCGGCGACCUUGGCUGCUGAGGUCGGGGCUUGGUAUUCCGGGGACCGUCACGUCGAUGUGACCCUGGCCUGCGACGACGGCUCGGUCGUACGGGCUCACCGAGUCGUGCUCGCAGCAGCCAGUCCCCUAUUGGCUAGUCUCCUCAGGAAUCCGGCACUGGAUCACGUAGUGCACCUCUCCGGGGUACGCAAGACGCAACUCAGCCAUCUGCUGGAAUUUCUCUACAACGGAGAGGCUCUGAUACCCUCAACGGAAUUGACGCCGUUAAGAGAACUAUUCGAGCUCCUGCAAAUAAAAUCGGAACUGUUUGAGCCCAACCAGUCACAAGGCUCAACCGGUUCCGAGCCUGAAAGGAUACCCACCCCACAACCCUCGGAAGAAGGUCAAGAAAGCUCGAGUUACGAGUCUCAGUACGAUGGCAGGCAGUCGAACAACCCGGCGGAUUGCUGCUCCGUACUGAUCAAGACGGAGGAAGGUUGCGAGGAGGAGGAGGAGGUCGAGCCCGAGGUCGACGUCGAGGGCGUGGAAAGCGUCGAGGGUGAGACCGUGCACUCGGAGAACCGGGAGGGUAGUAUCGAGCCACCCCGGCGGAGGGACAGCUCCGACCCUGUCAACCUUAGUCUCAACUCCGGGACCUCGACGACCAGUGACAGCUCCCACGACAUCGUACACAGGCUCGACUUCCGGCACGAGAAGACACCGCUCGAAAGACGUGAGUCCCUGGAGGAGCAGGACGAGCGAAGGAGACAGCUGGCGGCGCGGCUCGCCCUUGGUCUGGAGACGACGAAGCGGAAGCCCGAGGAGCUGCCGAUACCGGCGGCCGAGGCCUACGUCGUCACGCCCCACAGGAAGCGCAGGCCGGGCUUUCAUAACGCGCCUGCGCAGAAUCCCGCCUUCGUGCCCUUCAACGCCGGCUUCGAGACACCGCGGAGGCUCCAGGCGCCGCACGCCCUCAGCGUCUCGGCGCCGCCCUACCCGCAGGACAGGUCGAUGACGCCGCCCAUUAUAAUCCACCGGCCACCGUCGGCGGACCCGACGACGGCUGCGGGCCUCGAGCCGCCUUGGGGCGCGUGGACGCUGCCCCCAUCUCGGGCACCAACCGCCCCCACCUCCGAGGACUCGCCCAAGUCGACGCCGGUGCGCGAAUACCGCUGCACAUACUGCGGCAAGCAGUUCGGCAUGUCCUGGAACCUCAAGACUCACCUGCGCGUCCACACGGGCGAGAAGCCCUUUGCCUGUCGGCUCUGCGUCGCCAUGUUCAAGCAGAAGGCCCACUUACUCAAGCACCUCUGUUCGGUACAUCGGGGCGUUAUAGCCGCACCCGACAACACCUUCACCUGCUGCUUCUGCUCCUUGAGCUUCGACAGCCAGUCGGAGCUCAUCAGGCACCUAUCCGGCCCGCACAACAGUCUCCUACUUAGCAAGAACCUGCACGACUAGCGAACGAGCCCGGGGCUCGCCGAUCUCACCGGAUUCUCGAUUUCGCGAUGAGAGCACCGAGGCCGAGGUCCGAGCCACGAGGCCAAUCAGCGUGUGGUGGUGAC